GCGUCCUAAAAUCGGAUAGCGUCAGCCAAUUCAAAUAUUGUCCCCAGAUUGCAAACACGCAAUCCGUAGCCAUCAUGCCCGCUGAACCAAACCCGACACCCCAAAAGAUUGCAUAGUGAGAUCGACUGGACCAUCUACCGUGUCGCAAUUGCUAACGGGGUAUAGGGGCUCGACCGUGCCAAUAGUGCCGAAACUGCCGUGCAGACACGGAUGACAGAGGUUGAAUAGACGGAUCCCGACACUUCACUAUUAUUCCUGAGCCUUGGCUGAGGGUAUGCUUUCUCAGGGUCUUCGUGAAGAGGUCGAAGCCCCAUGCAUGCUUCCAAGGGCAAAAUGAUUCAGCUGAGGCUAUGCAUCACCAUGGUCAAAAUGCACCAUACACGAUCGUGCGACUCUCUCUCCUUGGUGGACGCGAGCGCUGCACAUCUACCUUUCCACUGCCGAGAGCCUCGGUCGCCAAGGCAAACAGGAAGUAGGGCACAAGAACCGCGACUCGGAAUCGCCGAGGCAAGGAGCUGGAUACCGAACGUCACUGACCUGGGGUACUUCGACAGAGUCCGAUACAAAUAGGACGUCUUAUCCAAAAGAAGCUAACCGCUUCUUGGCAGAACGAACGUAAGAGCUUGUAAGACUUAUACAGCCGGGAACUACUCUCAUUUCGAGGCAAGGGACCACGUUUGUCUCGUUGUCCAGACAUCUUGGAUUGAUAUGGUUAACUCGGAUUAGGUGCACAUGAGACGGAAGCUGGAACUUGGCCAGCUUAGGUGAGCUCAGUUCCAGGGGAGGUAGGGUAGCUUCUUUCUUUUGAUGUCUGGUCUGUGGUACAUGCACAAGCGCGUGUCAUGACUCGCGACGUCUGUCUCAUCUUUUCGGAUUGCUCCGGUCUGAUUUCUUUGUUUUUUCUUUUGCAUGUAUGGAUGUGUAAGUCCCUACCGAGGCACGUACAGUACGUCUUUUACAUUUGUUGUUUUUUGGCCAACAUCAGGUUAGGUUGACGGCUUGGACGGAUAACAUUUUGGAUUGGAUUGGAUUGGAUGGCAGAAUCAAAAUCCCUUGGGGUUUUAUGGGUCAUUCGGAUUGAUCACCGCAAUGUCACCAAUUCACCAUGGUUUUUUUUUUGUCCGUCAACCGGCGCAGGUUGUCAUCACAACCGAACAAUCUUAUUCAUCCCAUUCGAAGCGCCUCUUCUUCGAUGUCAAUUUCGACCACAACACGGGUGGCGUUUGCCUUGCACAUUUUCAUUCUGACAAGUGCAUAUUCUUUUGAGUUUUUAAAACUAUGCGGGGACUAAUCCUGCCUAGACCAGGACUUUGUCCGAAACUAAACUCAACUGGCAGGCAGCAGCCAAAUUUCUACCAUCUCAUCACUCAUCUGACAACAACCCCUGCGCCACCAGGCACCGACGGAGCAGUGUGUACCGAGCCGUGGCGUUUCUUCCUCUCUUAACUCUUUUUUUUUUUUGGUUGCUAUAGCAGGUUUGCCUAUUCCUGGAUCGUCCUAACCCAAUAUCGGACUGUUUAAGGCGGUCCUGUACCAGCAGCGCUUUGCCUUGAUUAUUAGCGCGCAACCGCCUGGAACAGCCACAAAUUGCUUCUGUCCCUUCGAAUAAACACACGCCCACUUCAAAACCCCUCCUCAUUUCCGCCGUCAAAAUUCAUCACCCACAGCCAUUCUCUUCUUGCCUUGACUUGACCAGGGCCUAGUAUACGGUAGCUAGUGAUGAUCGAAUGAGAGAGGGGCCAAAGGGGUCAAAGGGGCUCACAGCUCGGGACCCUGCAUACCUACCUUAUGGCCCUAAACCCACACAGGAAGUCCUAUGCAAAUCCUCCAAUUCGUGGAACGACGCGCCUCGAUCCCUACUUGCCCGAUUAACCAAUGCUCGUGCUCGGAUGCUCCAAAAACCAUGACAAUGAGCGGAGACUAUAGUGAGAUUACUAGUGUAGCUCAUAUCCUCUUCCGUUUUGCCACUGCUUGUACGACUUGUUUCCUUCCUUGUCGUGAUUUUGAAUUUUGGCCAUGUUGUGAACCAUCAUACCUUGAGGUUAACAACAUCAAGUCGACACAUCCAUAACCCCAACGUCCACCCCCAAUGGCUCGAGGCACCAGAUACAACCCGAGAGCAGCAAUGCUUCUCCCAGAGGGACUACUGCCCAUGCUGGCACUCUUCCUAUCCACAAGCCCCAUCAUAGCGGCGGCGGCGACCAUUGUUACCGCUGGGCGCGCCCUCCCGGUUCCCGAGGGUCAGUAUCCGCUCCACAUGACGAUUCCGGCUUCCGCAUGGCAGCCUCGCGAGACGGCCGGCUUGAAUGUGAAUUUAGUUGUCGAGAAGCAUGCCGAUGCCGCGAUGAGUGGCUUCUCCCCGCGACCGACAACUGGGCCCAGGUUCGGAAGCAUGGACAUCUUCAAGCGGCAGGCCGCGACGCUGAAGUCCAAUGAGUGCGGUUUCUUGCCCAACGGAGUUGCAUUUUCGUGCCCGGGCGAUGGUGCAUCUUGCAAGCACGAUGGCACGCAUCUGGGCUGCUGUCAAAAGGACGGGUCAUGCAAGUUUCGCGCAAAGACGUGUAUAGAUUACAAGGCGUCUGUAGGAGGGGCCUGUAAAGGCGUUACCGACCCUGCGACGCGGUGCUGCUCCGAGUCCAGCAACGGGUUUUGCUUCACACUCCAGUUCUCCACGAGCACGGAGCCAGGCAAGAUCAUAACCCUGCUCGACUGCCAAGCGAGCCCGGGCACGGGGAUUCUGUACAACAGUCCGCCGCCCAAAACGACGACGACCAGCACGACCAGCAAAAAAACACCGACGAGCACGCAGCCCGCAAACGCGACGACCGGGUAUGGGUCCGGCCCGACCAGUCCCAGCGACGGCGACCGACCGGGGGAUCCAGAGCAGCAGCAGCAGCAGCCAGCGCCGACCUCAUCCUCCAGUACCAACAAGGGUGCCAUCGUCGGCGGCGUCGUGGGCGGCGUCGCAUUCCUCAGUCUUAUCGGAGCCGCUGUGAUUCUUCUACUGCGGCGCAGGAAGGCCUCCAAAACGCCCGCGUCGAACCCCGGCGGUGACGCGCCCGCGCCCGGGGCCACGUAUCCGCCCACCAGCCCGUACCAGACGCAUCUGUCGGCUUCGUACGGCAGCCCGGCGGACCCCAACACACCAUUUAGCGUGGAUCAGCAGCAGCAACAACCACAAAAACAGGGCUGGUACCCUCAAUCUACCCAUAGUAGUAUGCAUGGCACACCGCAAUCGAUGACGCCUAUGCAACAAGCCUACUCUCCAUACAGACCCCAUGCGGCUCCGGCAGAGCUGGACCAUCCCCCCGUAAUCCACGAAUUGCCUGGCGACAGUCCGCCGCCUCGCCAAGUUCCUACUGCGCUAUGAAAGAGGCGUGUUGGGCUAUUCUUUUUAUAUCGAUUUUGUAUUUUGUGCAGUGUGUAGAAAUUACCAGCGUGCUGUUGUUCACUUAAAGCCUUCCUGACUAUAUGGUACACAUUAGCGGAAUGUGAUAUGUCAGUUUAUUAGUUUUUAGAUACCCACUUUUGGCAUGUACAGAUAGAUACAUGGGUCGGACAGGGCUCCAGGACUUUUCUAGUCGAAUUUAUUCUUCGUUACA